ACUAACAAGUGCGUUCUCGCCUAAUAGUGGGUUUCAGCUAUUUGGAGUUGCUUAUUGUUGUUGAGUGCUGUAAAGAACCGUUUCUAGCCUGAUUAUUACCAGUGUUGAUUGAUCGAUGAAUUUGUUCUACUGUGAAGUUGGUUAGGUGUAUCAUGUUUAAUGAAAGCAUUAGGUUGUGACAAAUUUGGACACAUUUGGGUCAUUUUGCAGGUCAAAGAGCGCCAUGAUGGAUGAUGGUCCCCAAAUCUUUGACGUUGCCUUUGCAUGCACCCUUGAGAUGAUCACUUAAAAGCUUUUAAGACUAUCCAGUACAUCGUCUGAAGUUUUUCUAAUUGUUACGAGCAAUGGCAAGCCAUUGCUUCCGUGCCCUUUUUGACGUUAUCGAGCCAACUAAAUUUCUUUGCCCUCGCCAGCAACUGAAACUCGUGGUGGAUUCCAUUAUCUGGGCAUUCCGCUACACGGAGCGCAAUGUUGCAGAGACUGGUCUUAAUCUCCUCCUUGAAAGGCUUACAAACUUCCAAGCUUCAGAGUUCUGCAACCAGUUCCAUCAGACCUACAUUCUCACCACUGAGCAAGAAGUAUUUGCAGUUUUGACUGACACUUUUCACAAGCCAGGAUUCAAACUCCAUGUUCUGAUUCUUCAACAUUUAUUUUGUCUGGUUGAUUCAGGGGCGCUCACCCAGCCGCUCUGGGAUUAGGCUCCACAGCCUUUUCUAACAAUGUGGAAUUUGUUCGGGAUUACACAAAAAAUGCUUGUGGAAACGUCAUUUCCCAACAUGACUUCCGUUGAAGCAAGUCAUUCAACUAUUUCUAACAUGUUUUCGUCCGUCAGUUGUAGACAUUUGUGAACGGGCUUUUUGAGACCCGAAAUGAGUCGGGAGCUUUCAAAAACCAACUUCGUGACUUCUUGAUUGGAUCCAAGGAGUUUUCAGCCUAGUGUGCAGGACAACAAGGAUCUAUAUUCAGAAGAAGCUGCUUUUCAAAGAGAUGAGGAGGGAAGGCGAAUGCCCAGCAUUCCUGGACUGAUAGCCCCAAUUGAAAUUCAAGAUGAAAUGAUAGGUACAUAGGCGCACCACUCGAUCUCGAAACAACCAUCAAAGCUCAUGUUCAACCUUGCUCCUCAAAACAGUGAUGGUGGAAUAAGUCAGCUUUAACCACUUCAGUUUGUGUGAAGCUGCUCAACUGCUCAGGACAUUCGGUCUGAUGCAAGUUGGACAUAGGGUGGCUUGCGUGACCUCAGAACUCGACUGCUGCAUUAUGACCUGUCAAGGGGUGGAGAACGAUCCUGGCCAGGUUGAAGAUGCCAUACUGGGCUGGAGAAGACCAUUAAAUCAAUUGUAGCUGAUGGUACUUAUGUGGACUCCAGAGAUGCGAGUAUCAGACUCUCCACUGGGGAAAGAAUGGGACAAGUGUAGAGAUUGAAGUCCUAUGUAGCAGCCGUGGUCAACUUGUGAUUCCUGUGAACAGAGAUUUUUUGUUAGGGCACUGGUGCUGGUUCGGGCAAGUUUGCCCGGGUAAAACCAUUGCGUCUAUAUCUCAUCGGUAUCCUCUGGUUGAAGCAGGGCUGUCUCCCUUCUGUUUAAUCUACUCAGUCAACUCUUCAAUCCAUAUUAUCUGCACAUUUCCCAUGUGUAGGCCAAACCUUUUACUGUAGUUUAGGUAUUGCUCAUGCCGCACAAGGUUGUGCUUUCAAUCUAAAACCAAAUAAAUUUUCAGUCCGGUGUGUCUACAAUA